AUUAAUCACUCUUGAAACUUCAACAGCAUCGGUUGCAACCCGGUCUUCAAACUUAUAACAGAUUUAAUAAAACUAUAAAAAUGUAUUUCCUGUAUAUUUUAUUUGCCGUCAUCUUCUCAGCGUCAGCUCAGGAGUUUGUUGAACCGGCAUUUGUUGUCGAACCUUAUCUUGAAUGGUACGUGGGUCAACGUGUUCGUCGUGACGUCACUUUUGAUAAACAGAUCGGUGACGGAAAGGUGUUCGGGACACUCGGACAAAACGAUAAGGGACUGUUUGGUAAAGGUGGCUAUGAGCAUCAGAUCUUCAAUGAUCACCGCGGAACUCUAAACGCUCAGGCGUACGGAACCCGGGUCCUUGGACCAACCGGGGACUCCUCGAACCUCGGAGGAGCACUUAAUUGGAAGAACCCUAACGCAGCCGCCUCCUUUGACAUCAGCAAACAGAUACAUGGUGGCACUUCAUAUCAAGCAGCAGCUGGUGGGAGAUGGCCGGUCGGUAAGAAUGGUGACUUCUCCCUCCAGGGAACGUACGGUAAACAGCCCGGCAUGAGCAGAGAAUACGGCGGUCUGGGUAGCUUUAACUACAGGUGGUGAUGCUAUUGACUGUUGACUGAUAAAAAUAUUUGUAAAUAUAUUAAUUAAUAAUACACUAUUUUUAAAUAAAAUAAAUGCAAUUUAAUUUCUGA